CCUAAGCAGAGCAAACUCCCGGCGGAGCGCACUCGCAGUACAGCAGCUCGGGGCGUGGUCGAGGCGGGGCCUGGCCGGCGGGAAGGCGGAAGGACUCUUUGGAUUUUGAGCCUCAGGUUAUAACCUAUAAGAUCCCGAAGCCCCCUGGCCUAGCACGCCCGUGACUGCAGAAUGGAGGCCGGGCUGCUAUGGUUCUGCAACUGGAGCACGCUGGGCGUGUGCGCCGCACUCAAACUGCCGCAGAUCUACGCGCAGCUGGCGGCGCGCAGCGCACGAGGGAUCAGCCUCCCUAGUUUACUUUUGGAGCUGGCCGGGUUCCUGGUCUUCCUUCGUUAUCAACAUUACUAUGGGAACCCACUGCUCACCUACCUGGAAUACCCCAUUCUCAUCGUACAAGACAUUGUCCUCCUGCUCUUCGUCUUUCAUUUCAAUGGGAACGUGAAGCAAGCCUUGCCGUACAUGGCUGUAUUUGUGUCUUCUUGGUUCAUCCUCAGCCUGCAGAAAUGGAUCAUCGACUUGGCCAUGAACUUAUGCACAGUCAUUAGUGCAGCCAGUAAGUUUGCCCAGCUCCAGUAUUUGUGGAAGGCACAAGAUUCGGGAGCUGUGAGUGCACUGACAUGGGGCCUCUCCGCCUACACCUGUGCAACAAGAAUAAUAACAACUUUAAUGACCACUAAUGACCUGACAAUUCUUCUACGUUUUGUGAUCAUGUUGGCUUUAAAUAUAUGGGUAACAGCAACGGUACUUCACUACCGGAAGUCUGUCACCAAAGCUGAAUGAUGGAUGUAUUCUUUCUACACACAGUGGACUUCAAAUGACCAAAUCAGAGGAUGCACCACUGCUUUUCAUUGCUACCUUUAAAAUUGUUUCCUAGUCAACCAUUUCAGAGACUUUAGACCAGGUUUGUUAAAGCACUUGGCUGAAUAUGGAAGUACAAACCUAUAAUCCCAGCACUGGGGAGUCUGUGGUAGUAUGGGCUACACAGCAAACUCAGACACAGAAGUCAAGGAAGGAGGGAAAGAGACACUUGUUUUAAAAAGGCCAACUUCCUUCCCCUACCCUCCUAGGUUGUGGGAGGGUUUAGAUUGGGUUGUGUGUAGUUUUGCCCCUCCCUUCCCCACAAGAUAGUCUCGCUACAUAGCCCAAGCUAUCCUCCAACCUGUGACCCUCCAUUGAGUACUGGGAAUGCUUGACUAGAGUGAGCCACCACACCUGGCUUUGACAAUUCAAAUGAUGGAACCUGCCCAAGAAACCACCUUCACCCUUAAAAUCACGGUUAAGUUCUCUGAAGAGCCAGCUACAUCUACACUGUGGCUUUCAGAAUAUUAAGCAGCCUUCCCACAAGGAGUGGGGUCUGCUCAGUCAGAAGUGGAACUGUUCACACCUGCGCAGUUUAACUCUAGGGCUUGGCCUUGUUAUGUCAUAAUGCAGUAUAACAUCCUCUCAAUCCAAGCAGGGCUAUCAAAGUGUGCACAGGUGUAUACUAAGCAGUUCUCCAACACAGUGUGCCUUAGGGAGUUCCUAAAUAGAGCCCUAUCUGUUUAGAUCAGAAAGCCUCAGCAGUCUCUCUAUUUAAGCACAAUGCCACCAUUUUUUAAAGGGCUACAUCUCAAUUCCUAUUGCUAGAACUUAGUUUUAGCUACUGGAAGGUAUAUAUACAGUAAAGAGUAUUGCGAAGUCCUACCCAAUUCUUAGGGAUUUUGUUCAUACUAAAGUAAGACUAUCCUACAUUGUUGUCUGCAGAACUUCCUCUGAUAUUUUAUAAAUCCAAUCUUUAAAAGCUUAGUUUCUUCUUCUAUGUGAAUGUCAUUAUUCUGGUAUACUGCAAGAAAGUAAACGAUGUUUGCUGGAAAAUGUUUAGUUUUCCAUAUUUAAUAAACUUUAAUUUGUUGAACUCCACAGAA